AUGUUUCCUUUGAACCCGCCCUGGAAUGCCAGCAAUGAAAGGGUAGUGACAGAAGAAGAUGUUCUUCCCAUCGAUCUUACCCUUCAAAGAAAGGCCCAUCCAUCUAGUCUGCAGACACCAGCCUCGGAUAGUAUCUACAUUUGCCCGAUCUGCGGCGAAGAACAGCUCACCCUUGACCGCUUUGUUGACCACAUGACAACCCAUCGAUGGAAGAAAUUGCCGGUAGCACCACAUGAACGAUCUUGGCUUCUAUUGGCUAAAUCUUCUCUUCUUAAAAGCAGUCGUCGGUUAAGACUCCUACGAAGGAGCCGAAAACGACACCGCGAGCCAAAGCAUGUUUCAUCAACGAGGAGUAGCGACAUAAAAAGGGAGGGACAAAUUAGCUUUCAUUGUCCGGCAUGUCCUACAUUCCAACGAAUAAUCGGUAUUCAAGCGGCAGUGAACCACUUUGAGAAUUCCCACAUGCAAAUCAUUGUGGUGUGCAACAUCUGUGGCAUGUGGUUCAGCAGCCAGACUAUGUUCGCUUCGCAUGUAGCUGUGGUUCAUCUAAGAACGUGUUCUGAAAAUCUGGAUGACCAUUCCUCAUCCCAAACUUUACAAUCAUCGUCAUCACCGCCGCCAGCAGCGGCAACAUCAAUAACAGCAGCAGGAGACUUGAAGGAUUCGCAGCAGGUCAUUGACCCGGUAGUUGCAUCUAUUCUCUUCAGCGGCCUCCUCCUCUCCACACAAUCGACUCUCUUUCCUGGAGCUACUUCCCAGAACUGGAAGGACUCAGAAUCCAAGAUUACUGUAGCCAACGGAAUUGACGAAAAAUCAUCUCAGGUUACUAAUUUCGGACAAAUUUAUACUCUAGAAGCGAAUUUCUUUCAGGAAUUUGCAGAUGAAAUGGCUGUUCUGAAACAUCAAGUCUUGGUACAUCGCUUGGAGGAGACUACUACCGAAAAUUCCGCUUAG